AUGACAGGCUCAUUAUCAGAUAACUCGCAAAAAAGAUCAUCAUAUAUUGACCAAAUUGGAUUACAAGAGACAAAAGCAACAAUACAGGCAGAAUGUAAGAAUGCCAGUUUGGAAUCGAAUUUGGUUUUUAUUGUUUGUUACUCAAUAUUACCAGCAAAGCGAAGAAUAGAAGGACUACGCCAGAAUAUUGAGUUUGCUUGUACUUCUUUGAGAGCACAUGGAAAUAUGCAAAUCAAUCAGUUACUCCCGUCUGUACGACAACUGACGAUGGACGAAUUCUGUAAUAGAUAUGGGGCAGAUACGCUGACUUUCUUGGAAGAACAAACACGAAAACGAAGAGGAGAAGAUGUGCAUAAUAUUCUCCAAAAGAGGUCGCUUGGACCUAGUGUAGAAAAAAAGGAUAAUUCAAAACUUGCACCUAAAGUAGAUUCACCGCGGAUUGCAAAGGAAAGAGAUAAUCCUCCAGUUACUCGGUCAGGGCAAGCCCAAUCUUUCUUACGUAGCAAUAACUCGCGGUCAUUUGACACAAAGCUUCAAGAGAGUAAGACGACAAAACAUGUACAGUCACAGUCAAAGGUGAAGCCAAAGUCAAAAACAAGAUCCCAACAGCAACAACAACAGCAGCAGCAACAAUCACAGCCGCAAAGACAAAAAUCCAGGGAAGUUGAGAGCAACCAGGGAGAAAAUACAGGAAAUUUGAAGGAUAUUUCUGGUACUAGAAGUAGCCCUGGAAAGCAGCUUAAAUAUGAUGAACAACAACCUGAGGUUGAUUGCGGGCCUCUAUUUGUACAUUUCAAGAGAGAGAAACACCCAAAAAUCACUCUUCGGUUGAAUUCUCAACAAGAAGCCAGUGAGUUUAGUCCAUUUGAGAUUAGCGCACCUACAGAGAUUUUUGAGAAACUCGGUGACCAACAGCGUCGCCGUAUUGUUGAUCAAAUUCAAGAUAUCCAAGACCAGCUCGAAUCAUUAAAGCAACAGUUGAAGUGA